AUGCUUCGGCACAUGAUGGCCCCUCCUGAGCUGUUGGAGAUCGGGUCGCACUGCUGCUAUGGAGGGACCGUCUACCGCUUUGAGCACAUCAGCCCAGUGCUGGGCUACUGCUCGAUGAAGCUUUCGGCCUUCGUGCCGAGCGCUCCACCAACGAAGUUCCCAGGGGUGAUCUGGCUCUCCGGCCUCACCUGCACCGACGAGUCCUUUGCCCAGCGCGGGGCCGGCCUCGCCAUGGCGCAGCGACUGAAGCUGAUCCUUAUCAUGCCCGACACCUCGCCACGCGGCGAGGGUGUGCCGGACGAGGAUACCUUCGACGUAGGCGUGGGGGCCAGCUACUACGUCAAUGCCACGACAGACAAGUACAA